AGGUUCGGAAUCAGAACGCCGUUAGAAGCAUAAAAUUCAUCUUGACGAAAUCGUUUGAGUUUCCCUCCUUCCUUUUCAAUCGCGACAAUGGAAGCUCCUCCCAUCUUCCACCAUUCCGAUUUGCACCAUCCUGGAGUAGGAGGUCAGAAAGCGAAAAGAGGCAAAUUUUUGAAGGGAGAUUCGGUUUCUGUGGUAGCUCCUCAGAAGAAAAUUCUGGCUGACAUAACCAACAUGGAUCAACCAAUGCACCACCCUGCAGCACCAGUUCUUAUGCCUACAAAUAAUGUCUCUGUUGAAAUGAUUCUCAAAGAAAAUGAGAAUUUAAGGAAGCUCCUAGCUAACAGAAAUGCGGUAAUAGAAUCUUUUAGAACAGAGCUCCAAAAGUAUCGGAAGCAAAAUUCUGAACUUGCACUUGCGAAUACUCAAAUGAUGCGGGAGAUUAAUUCAAGUAGACAAAUGGUGAGGGAAUUUCAGGUUGAAUUAGCAAGCAAAAAUGGUGUACUCAAUGCUAUGAAAUUAAAAUUGAUGGAAACUGAUCACAGAGCAAAACUAAAUAAUGACAUUGAUGAAGAUGAGCAGUUAGAUCAAAAGUUUCAAGAAGAUAACAAGGGGGGAGGAAAAAGGAAGAGAGUUCCCAGAUCACAAUCUACUGCACCUGCUGUCAGGAAACAAGUCAAAUCAACAGAAAAGGUUGACACUCAGAGGUAUUCUUCGAGAAGGAAAUCUGCAGCGUUGAAAGCUGGAAAACUAGGACCAACUGACGACUUGUUUGAAAUAAAUAAUGAUGCCUUGCAUCUACCUGAAAAUUUGGCAAAUAAGACCGAAUCAACAUCAUUAGGAUCCAAAGUUCAUGAUGUGGCUGGACAAGAUACUGAAUGUAAUUCCUCGGGAGCUACUAACACUGAACAAGUUCCUGCCAAAAAGAAUAUUGAAAAUAAGAGGCAUAGUUUGAGAAGGCAAUCUGCCCUGUUCAGACCUGAGAAUCCAGAACCAUCUGAAGACUUCUUUGAUGUCAACAAUCCAAAAUUUGAGGUCUCCAAUUUAUGUGAUGAUAUUGCAGAAAGUGUAACUUCAGAAAACAAUGCUUGUGCGCCUGGUCCUCAAGAAAUACGAAGAUCGUCUAUUGGCCGGCCUUUGCGUCGAUCAGCUGUGAAGAUUGUUUCCUAUAAGGAAAUUCCACUUAAUGUGAAGAUGCGUAGGGAAAACUAAGUUGAUUGAAUUUCAUAAAGUUUUCACUGAACUGUCAAUACAAGAAGAAUAGAAGUGGAAAUCUGAAAGCCUGAUGGUAUGUCCUACAUCCCCAUGCCACAAUGCAUUUUGGUAGGGAUUGUUUUGAUUUGUUAAAUAGCUUAUUGUUUAGGACUCUGCAUAAUUGAAAACCGAUGUAUGUUCUAUUGUAGGCAAUUUUAGAUGAUAAUAUUUGAUCCACUGAAGUCAUGUCGUUGUUUCCUCCCCUUCCCUCCUUGUCACAUUGUAAAUUAAACUUACAGUGCUGACCAGGUGGUUCUCAGUUUUUAAAAUGCUAAUGGAGUUCACAGCAAAAAGUAAGGUAGUUGAAUUGUAAUUGCUUACUUCAUUGUGCUUGAACUUAUUCUUCUAAAAGUUGAUUUUGUAGAGAAUUGAGUUUGUAUGCAGUGAAUCCAGUUAUUUAUGUUUA